CUGACUAGUACAUUGAUUUUUCCUUGCUCCCACUCAAGCAAGAAUCCAAACCAUUGUGAUUCGUUAAGUUUCUUGAUUUGUCUUUGCAUGUGUGUUAUAUAGUAAUCUAUAUUUAUGGUUGUCAUUUCUCCAAAUAUACACCACUUUUGAAAAAAAAAAGAAUGGAUUUUCUCUAUACCAUCUUCACCUGUGUAGCAAUCCUCUUCUUCGUUUGUGUUGCUUCCAUUUUAGUUUUAAUACUAAGUAUCUAUGCUGGCAAGUCAAUCAGAGACCCCAAAUAUGCACCAGUGAUGGGAACCGUGUUUCAUCAACUCUUGUACUUCAACAGACUCUAUGAUUAUCAAACAGAAGUGGCUAAAAAGACCACUACAUUCCGGCUUCUAGCGCCCGAGCAGAGUGAAAUAUAUACUACUGAUUCAAGAAAUAUUGAACACAUUCUUAAGACCAACUUUGGCAAGUACUCCAAAGGCAAACGGAAUCAAGAGAUUUUUAUGGAUUUGUUUGGCGAAGGGAUCUUUGCCGUAGAUGGUGAGAAAUGGAAGCAACAGAGAAAGCUUGCAAGUUUUGAGUUCUCAGCUAGAGUAUUAAGAGACUUUAGCUGCACAGUUUUCAGAAAAGGAGCGGCCAAAUUGGUCAGCAAGGUUUUUGAGUUCUCUCUUGCCAACCAAGUUUUUGAUAUGCAAGAACUGCUAAUGAGAUGCUCCUUGUAUUCAAUAUUCAAAGUUGGAUUUGGAGUUGAUCUGAACUGCCUGGAUGGAUCAGGUGGUGGUGAUAGCGAAUUCAUCAAGGCCUUUGAUGAUUCAAAUGAAUUGACAUAUUGGCGUUAUGUCGAUCCAUUCUGGAAGCUUAAGAGAUACUUCAACAUCGGCUCUGAAUUUCUCCUGAAAAAGAACAUUAAAUUUAUUAGAGAAUUUGUUGAUGAAUUGAUUAAAACAAGACGCAAACAGCUAGAAAUGAAACAAGAUUUUACGGAUAAGGAGGACAUACUGUCAAGGUUUCUGGUAGAGAGCAAGAAAGAUCCAGAGAAAAUGACUGAUCAGUAUCUCAGAGACAUAAUACUGAAUUUCAUGCUUGCUGGCAAAGAUAGUACUGCUAAUACUCUUUCAUGGUUUUUCUAUGUGCUUUGCAAGAACCCAUUGAUCCAAGUAAAGAUUGUUGAGGAAAUAAGAGAAGUCAUUGGCAAAAACAUGAAAGAUAAUGGAAGUGUGGAUGAUUUUGUAAUAAGUAUUACAGAAGAAGUCCUCGAGAAAAUGCAUUAUCUUCAUGCAACAUUGACCGAGACCUUGAGACUAUACCCAGCUGUCCCAGUGGAUGGCAGGUGUGCGGAUGCAUAUGAUGUUCUUCCUGAUGGCUUUCACAUCAGUAAAGGGGAUGGGGUCUAUUAUCUGUCCUAUGCAAUGGGGAGAAUGCCUUACAUUUGGGGGAAUGAUGCUGAGGAUUUCCGGCCAGAAAGAUGGUUGAAAGGUGAUCACUGGGGCUAUAUAGGUGCUGUUAAGUAUAGUUCACAAAAUAGGAGAUUAUGCUCAAGGAUGUCAAGUUUUAGCAGAGAACUGCUCAAAAUCUUGCCAGGGGCUUUUGAUGCUUAUGCUGGUCCAAGAAUAUGUCUAGGCAAAGAUUUUGCUUACGGACAAAUGAAGAUAUUAUCAAUGGCUCUUCUACAUUUCUUCAGGUUCAAAUUAUCCGAUGACACGAAAGAAGUAACUUAUCGAACCAUGUUUACACUCCAUAUCAAUGACGGGCUUCUGGUUCAUGCAGUUCCAAGAAGAGGAUUAGUAGGCAAUUAUAAAUUCGAAUGAUACAAAAUGUCAUAUUUAAAGCUAAUCUACAGAUGUAAUGACUAUCAUAUGAACUACAACUUCAACUAUUCACAACUUUCUUACGAGAAAGUGGAUGCUAAUAUUUCAUCAAGUUCUUGAUUUCUAA